AUGGCAGCGCCUGCUAAUUUGUUUCCCGGGCUGAACGAGGUCAGCGAUGUUCUCGAAGAAAUGCCUUUGGAGGUCUCCCGUUAUAUGACACUGCUUCGAGAAAUCGAUGCCAAGUGUAUCCAUACAGUUCCAGAGUUGAAUGGCACGAUACACCAGUUUUUGCACGAAGAAUCGGGUGCUGAGUCCCUACAAAACAUGAACGGACUUUUUCAGGAGCUGAUGCCAUCGCUGGAAGAGAAAAUGCACGUUUCAGCACUGGCGUAUGAGUCGCUCAGCAGGCUCACAGCACGUCUAGAACUGGCGUACGAAGUGGCCAUCAAAAACACAGAAAUCCCACCUAAGAUCAGAUUGGGCAACGACGACCAUCCGGCAAUGCAUUUGCAUUACGAACUCAUGGCCAAAAUCGAUUCCAAAACCAAUAGCAAGUCGUCACAAGCGCUCAAGAGCGAGUCUCGGCGCGAGGCCAUGGCAGCUCGAAGAACUGGACCACAGGGCACGAUCUCCCAUCCCGAAACCGGUUCCACAGGUCACGGAGGCGCCAACAGUGGUGAAAUCACUACCGACGGAAACGUUGCUAACAACGGUCCCAGCUCACACUACGAGACCCCGGUCGCUUCCGACAGCCGCAGAAAGAGAACGGUGGGUGCUACUGGCUCGAGUAAUAGUAAUGUCCCUGGUCCUGCUUCUGCUGGUGCUGCUACCGCCGCUGGGGCACACCAUAAUCAUCAUCACCACCACCAGAGCCAUUUGGGCACUGCUAACCAGGGUUCAGCAUCGCAACAGGGCCUUUCUCGCAACGCUGGUGGCGGUGGUGGUGCAGCGGGAGCCUCGGAACUCAAACGGCGCAAGCGUAAGCCCCACACCAAGGACGACUACUCCCAAAGAUCCAAAACAAACGAAUAUGGCGAGGCCCUCUACUGCUACUGCCACCAGGUGGCCUACGGUGAGAUGGUUGGUUGUGAUGGCGACAAUUGCAUAUUGGAAUGGUUCCAUCUGCCCUGCAUUGGCCUCGAGACUCUACCCAAGGGUAAAUGGUAUUGCAACGACUGCAAGUAA